CACAAACACGAGCAGCCGGUCCAGCGGAAAAGUUUCUAGAACGUCAAACCCAAAACUCCAUUAAAAAUCUAACAAACAGCAGCUAAAUAAUUUAAUAAACAAUCAACUUAGUGUCGCUGCAACAAAGCAAGUGAACAAUCUUAUAAUAAAGAACCUUUCAGAAAACAAACACAUUUUCUAAGGCAACGAGUCCAAAAACUAAGCAACCAAAAACAAAACAAAAUAAAAACAAAAAACUAAACCCCCAAAAGAGAUAACAGAAACGGUUAAUUGUGUAGUAAAAGUGCCGAGAAGAGACCCGAAGAGAUCUCGCCGCGAGUGCAGUGUCCCUGUGAGAGCGCUAUGUCCGCAUCUGCUGCCAGUUCGCGUAAUAAACACUCCAAGAUCCGUGAUAAUGAGCAGCUCGACAUAAGCAAGGACGAGUUAAAUCGGAUCCGGGAGGCCCUCACCAACGAGGAGUUUCGUAAGUUAUUCUUUGAGUACGUCGAGGAGGUUCAGGACCCCGAAAACCGAAAGAUCUACGAGGAGGAGAUCACCCAGCUGGAGAAGGAGCGCGGUGUGGAGGUGAAGUUCAUCCAUCCCCAGCCGGGAUUCGUGAUCAAGACUGCUCUUGAUGGCGAGCUCAAGUGCUUCAUCAACAUCGCCGGCUCUCCUGAGAUCGAGCGUCCCAAGAACGAGGUAGCCAUGGAUCCGUCGAACGGAAAUCGCGGCCUGACCUGGUCCAUUCCCAUGGCGCAGACUUCUGCGCGGGAUGACUGCGAUGCCAGGAAGAACCACUGCAAGGUGUUUGACGUGGUCUUUCAUCCGGACGCUCUGCACCUGGCCAAUCGGAACAAACAGUUCCGCAAGUGCCUCAUCGACACGGCACUGGAUGCUGUCGAGCGCGAGUACCAGGUCUCUUUGGAUCGAACCAACCUCAAAUUCCCCAAGCUUGACUACAAGGGCAUCGCCCGUCCUACUGUGAUACGCAAGCUGGCUGACAAUCCGACGGCAGAGCAGCAGGAGCCGCAUCCCCUGGCGGAUAUGUUCCCCACAAAGAAGCCAGCCGCCGAAAAAGUGGAGCCCCGCGUCCUGCCCAUGAAGGCGAAACCCACACCAGUGCCGGAAUUCACGGUGCCCAGGUACUCAAUCAAGCACAGCCAUGACGUGGACUUGUCAGAGUACACGGACGAGCUGGACGCCAAGUUGCAUGUGACCGUUCCCCGUUCCCUGGUCGUCGAGAUCGAGCUACCGCUGCUUCGAUCCACUGCCGAAUGUCAACUGGAUGUCACCCCGAAGACCGUCUAUCUGUUCAGCGAGCGCGCUGGUGCCAAAUACCGCCUGAAGUUGGAUCUCCCCUUCGUCGUGGACGACAAGGCGGGUAGUGCUCGUUUCGACACAGAUUUGCGUCGCUUAAGCAUAACGUUGCCAGUGGUCCGGAAGGGCGGACGGGAGCAGGCCCAGAUGCAUGAAACCUUGCGCCACUUCAGUCGAGAGGACAGCGGCGUGGAGUUGCAUUCCAACAGUGAGUCACCCGUGGAGGAGGAUCCGGAUGGCGAGCUCAGCGAUUCCAAGGCGGACACCUCUGAGACUGCCACGCCCACUGCCACACCCGUGCGCAAUGCCAACAGUCCGUUCCUUAAGAGCUCCGUGCACUACCAACUGCCCAACAAGUUCGACUGCAACGUUCUGGACAAUGUGAUGGCCUUUGUGCUGCACGUGCCCAAUGUUCAGCCGGAUUCCAUAGAGCAGUUGAAGGAGCAGCGGAGCCUGCAUCUGCAGUUCGCCACCAUCGGCAGUGGCUACUAUCCCACCCACUAUGCUUUUUACGUAGAACUGCCGGCUGAGGAGGAAGAUUCGGCCAUCGAAAGCGUUGAGGCGGAGGCCUGGGACAACAACGUGGUACUCAAGCUGUGCCUGAGCUCGCAGAGCGGGACUCCGGCUAGCUAUUUGGCCGGUCUGGAUGCCACGGAUCUCAAGGAGUACCCAGUUCAUGGGCAGUACAAUGUGAAAAGCAAAGGGAGAGUUAAUGCCAAGAAGGAGCAUGAUCCCCUGGAUGUUAAAUUCGAGCACAACGAAGAGGGUAAGGCCUUGAAGGUGACCAUUCGCCCAGUGCCAAAGGAGGAAGAGGCAGAGGACGAGGAGCAGCAGGAGCAGGAACACGAAACUGUGCAGCCCCAAGCUCAGAACAAGAAGCCUGGCAAGAAGCAACGCAAGCGAAACAAGAAGGAGCGCUCCCUCUCCGAGUCGGCCUGCGAGGACGUUCUCGUCCCGGAGCCACUUAAUGGAAAACCCGAACCCCAGCUUAAGGCCACGUUUAAGCUGCCUCCGCAGCGCAAGCAACGCAGCUACUCGGAGUGCAACGACAGCAGCGGUGGCUCACAUCGCGGUAUCCUCAAGCGAUUCAGUCGCUAUGGACCGCGACCUUCGAUGUCGGACAGCUGCUCCUCCAUCGACGACUGCUCCUCGUAUUCGUGCUCCGUCGACGCAUCAGGAACCUCGCUGUUCUCGCACUCAUUUGGCGGCAUUCCCGAGGAAGAUCGGUCCGACGCCGGGCUCUCGGAGAGCUGCAAAAAGACUGUUAGGUUUAAUGAUCACAUCAUGAAGCAAGUGUUCCGACUUGACUCAAGCAUCCUGGGUCAGCGAAAGAAGAACCAGAAGCGACGCGAUCUCAAGCUGCGGGCACAGCAGCGUCGCCUCAGCGAAGGUGAUUCCGUUGAUUACGAGGAGACCCGUGGCACUGCCCUCAAGCAACAAGGAAAUCAAUCAAAGAGUGGCAGUAAGCCAAAGAGCGAGGCCCUUCUCCACGACAGCGGACUGGAUCUCUCUGGAACAGCUGGAACUCACGGCAGAAACAACGAGCCAGAUGCCAAGAACGCCUUGAUGUUUGAAAUGGAUGAUGAGGAUGAUAUUAUUUAAACCAGAAAUAUAUAAAUAUUUUUUGAGUGUUUUAGAGGCAUGUUUUCAAGAUUUUUAAAUGCUGCUUACGUAUUGUACCGCUACGAUUUUUUUCUAAUAUUUAUACUCUAACUUGUUUGGUACCCAAGCAAUCCGCUCAAUUGGAAAUAUAAACAAAAAUUGUAUUUAGGCAACAAGAAUCAGGGCUAAACAGAAAUCAAAAUAUUCAUUAAAUCAUCGACUAAUUGUUAUUUAAUUCGGUUAUUCAUUGAAAUUGUUAAAACGAAAGAUUAAAUCCUACGCUGAACUGAAAACCUAAUAUAGAUUAAAAAUAACCAUGUUCAUUCAUAUUGCGAGACCCAGUUGUUGUCUUACAAGUUUGCAAACUAUAAGUUUUAAGUAAACAUUAUAACAUUCAUUUAUUGGCAGCAUGCUCAUGGCUCACAAAACAAUCACAACACGAUAAACUUAAACAAUAUCAAUAGUUAACAAUUCCUCUAGUAUUAUACACACAAACGAAUCACCCAAAAGUAUAAGUAGUGUAUAAGCUAUGUGCAUGUUUAGAACCACUGGCUGAAGCAAUGAAUAUAAUUUUAACUUAAUAAGCGAGCUGAAAGUUAAAAUAUAUAUACAUCCCUUAUGAAUGAGAA